CCGGAGUUUGGACGAGCAUGUGGAACACAUGCGCACCGUUAUGGAGCGGCUACAACAAGCGAAGUACAAAGCCAACCGCGACAAGUGCGAAUUCGCGUGACAGGAGAUGGAGUACUUGGGACAUUAUGUGACGCCGCAAGGCAUCUGUCCGCUUGCGGACAAGAUCGAGGCCCUACGAGUAUGGCCCGAGCCCACCAACACCACGGACGUUCGUUCAUUCAUGGGAUUGGCGGGCUACUAUCAGCGAUUCAUCACCGGAUACUCGAGGAUUGUUGCACCUAUGACGAGAUUACAAUCGCCAAAGGUGCCAUUCGUAUUCGAUGACGACGCACGCCGGUCAUUCCAAGCACUUAAGACGGCUAUGCUCAUGGCACCCGUCCUUAGCAUCUAUGACCCCACACUGCCGACGAGAGUGACUACGGACGCUUCCGGCUAUCGCAUUGGGGCAGUCUUGGAACAGCACGACAGCGACGACUGGCACCCUGUGGAGUAUUUCAGCCACAAAGUGCCUCCCAUCAACUCGCUUGAUGAUGCAAGGAAGAAGGAGCUGCUCGCAUUCGUCAUGGCUCUUAGGCGAUGGCGGCACUUCCUCCUUGGGCGUCGUAGGUUCACAUGGGUUACGGGCAACAAUCCAUUGACCUACUACAAGACGCAGGAUACGGUGAGCAGCACGAUCGGACGAUGGAUGUACUUCAUCGACCAGUUUGACUUCACACCGAAACAUCUUCCCGGCCUCUCCAAUCGCGCAGCAGAUGCACUCUCGCGAAGACCCGAUCUUUGCGCUAUGACACAUCAUGCCUUCGCAUUCGACGAGGAGCAUCAGCGACACUUCAUCCGGGCAUAUGAGUCUGAUACGGGCUUCGCCACGCUGUAUGCACAGCUAUCUUCGGAUCACCCGCCGGCCAGCCACUAUCACAUUGCCGACGGUUACUUGCUCCUCCACUCGAGAGGCAAGGACUUACUAUGUGUCCCACGCGACCGCCGUCUUCGGACUCGCCUCCUCGGCGAGUAUCAUGAUUCACGACUCGCCGGCCAUUUCGGAGUCAACCGCACUAUUGCACGGCUUCGACAGCGAUUCCGAUGGCCCGAUCUCAUUACCGAUGUCACUCGGUAUUGCGACUCUUGUGAAGUUUGCCGACGCAGCAAGCCCCGCAACCGCAAUCCCUACGGCGAGUUACGCCCGAUGCCUAUCCCACGGGAACCCGGGCUCUCCAUUGCCAUGGACGUCACCGGUCCGUUCCCUCGCGGCCGGCUCGGGCAUGACGGCAUCCUCACGGUGGUGGACCGAUUGAUACAGGGAAUUGCUGACUCAAGCCCACGAAACAUGCAAAAGGCUCAAGUCCGCAUGCAGCAGCAAGCCAAUAGGCGUCGCGUACCAUGUCCCAUCCACGCCGGUGAUCUGGUUUGGGUCUCCGCGGAAGAGUUUGCACUGGAACAGGWUGUUUCACGCAAACUGCUUCCCAAGUGGUUUGGACCUUGGUCUGUGACAGCAGCCGCGGGCGAUGAGCCCGAUGGCCCUUCAUUUGUGAUCAACAUUCCCGAGCAUCUGACGGUCCAUCCAGUCUUUCACGCCUCGAAGCUGGCAACAUAUACACCAGCUAAGAGCAACGACUUCCCGGGCCGACGAUCGCAGGACCCUCCUUCUAUGGAUGGUCAUCAGGAAGUUGACCGCGUCAUCACGGAUCGCAAGUACGGCAGCAAGCCGCGCCAGUACAAAGUUACAUUCAGAGCAUGCGAUCCCGACGACACUCGUGGAUUUCAGGAGCAGAUUUGAAAGCAUCCGCACCGCUGAUCUACGCUCACUACGAGC